AGAAGAGGCUCGAACAGAGGCUAGCCGAAUAUUUGCUGUCAAGGAAUUUCAGAUUUCUCAAGAUCCUGAUGUCCUGGAUACCUGGUUUUCUGCUGGUCUUUUUCCAAUAUCUGUGUUAGGUUGGCCGAAUGAUACAGAUGAUUUAAAGGCAUUUUAUCCAACUUCAGUGCUUGAAACUGGGCAUGACAUUCUCUUUUUCUGGGUUGCACGUAUGGUGAUGUUAGGAAUUAAGCUGGGAGGUGAUGUGCCUUUUAGAAAGGUUUAUUUGCACCCCAUGAUUCGUGAUGCACAUGGACGUAAGAUGUCCAAGUCUUUGGGAAAUGUUAUUGAUCCUCAAGAAGUAAUCAAUGGAAUAACCCUUGAAGCUCUUCACAAAAGACUAGAGCAGGGCAACUUGGAUCCGACAGAAUUGGAAGUCGCAAAAGAGGGCCAAAAGAAGGACUUUCCUACGGGUAUUCCCGAAUGUGGUGCUGAUGCUCUUCGUUUUGCCCUUGUCUCUUACACAGCACAGACUGAUAAAAUCAAUCUGGAUAUCCAAAGGGUUGUUGGGUAUCGUCAAUGGUGUAAUAAACUGUGGAAUGCAGUGCGAUUUGCCAUCAGCAAACUUGGAGAUGAUUACACUCCUCCAACGAAUAUAGUUCCAGAUGUCAUGCCAUUUAGCUGCCAGUGGAUGCUCUCAGUAUUGAACAAGGCCAUAUCCAAAACUGUGUCGUCACUAGACUCAUAUGAGUUUUCUGACGCUGCUAGCGCAGUGUAUUCAUGGUGGCAGUUCCAGUUGUGUGAUGUGUUUAUUGAAGCAGUCAAACCUUACUUUGCCAAUGAUAAUUCAACAUUUGCAUCUGCGAGGAGUUUUGCACGAGACACCUUGUGGGUGUGUCUAGAUAAUGGACUACGGUUGCUUCAUCCGUUUAUGCCUUUUGUUACUGAAGAAUUAUGGCAGCGUCUCCCUUCAUCAAGGGGUUGUACAAGGAAAGAAUCAAUUAUGAUAUGCAAUUAUCCAUCGGUUGUAGAGUGUUGGACCAAUGGUAGGAUAGAGUAUGAGAUGGAUAUGGUUGAGUCUGCGGUUAAAUCACUCAGGUCAUUGAUGCCUGCAAAGGAAAGGCAUGAAAGGCGAGCUGCUUUUGCACUCUGCCGAACUGAUGCAGUUGCAGAGACUGUCAAAAACCGUGAACUUGAGAUUUCCACUCUUGCUGCUUUAUCAUCUCUGAAGUUUCUAAGUGAGAAUGAUGCUGCUCCAGCUGGAUGUGCGGUAUCUGUUGUAAAUGAAUCCCUUUCUGUUUAUCUCAAGCUUCGAGGAACUCUUAAUGCAGAAGCAGAGCUCGAAAAGCUUCAGAAAAAGAUGGAGGACAUACAAAAACAUCGGGACAACCUAACAAAGAUGAUGGAUGCUUCUGGCUAUCGAGAGAAGGUUCCACCCCAUAUUCAUGAAGAGAAUAUAGCGAAGCUUUCCACACUCAUGCAAGAACUUUUGUCUUUUGAACAAGCUAGCCAACAUCUCGAACGCGAAAUUGCGACAGAAGGAUCAGAAAAUGAUAAUUGAACCUCAAUUUUAUGCAUUAUAAUUCAUGGGUCAAGUAAUUAACAUUGUGAAACCCCAAGGGAGAAGCUAGUGGUUGAAAGUUGUAUAUAUGGUGAUUGAAAUUAUGUCAUUAAAUGUGGAGACGACUGUUAUGAUUUUUGUUGGUAUAAUGAUUUUGUAAUGCUUCAAACUUCCACACAAAUAGGACCUAUAGUCGAUAUGAAUUCUUACUGUACAAAAUACAGAAACGCUCUUGCUAAACACCUUUUCUGUGAUUUUGGACUGAUCUGUAAUCGUCACGUUGUUAAUAUUUAUGUCAAAAAGAUUAAUUUACCUUUACAGAAA